GAUUGUUGUGUCAGUUCACAGUAAGAGGCGCGGGCGUCGAACGCUGACUUGCCGGCCUCCAAAUUCCAACCGACGUUCACCUUUGAACCUUAAAACGAAAUUCAACCUUAAACCAACCGAGCAAAAGUCUCAUUUCAAAUAAUCCUCAGUUCUAUGGUGUAGUGACCUCUGUAUAAAACCAGUGAUUUCAGUGUUGUGAAAAUGAAUGAAGACAAUACUGUAUCGGACGACUUGAAGAGACAAGCUGCUAUGUUCUAUAACAGCACACAAAGAGAGCAGUCCAAAGACCACCAGAUGACAUGGUGUUUCUGGCGGCGGAGACGGCUGGUGGUGGCGCUGCUGGCGUUUUUCGGCUUCUUCAACGUGUACGCGCUGCGAGUCAACCUGUCAGUCGCCGUAGUCGCCAUGACAGAACCUGUGGAAACUAAACUUGAUAAUGGAACUGUUGUACUUAUGCCAGAAUUCGACUGGAGUUCACAAACGAAGGGUCUGGUGCUGAGUUCGUUCUUCUACGGCUACUUGAUCACACAGCUCCCUGGCGGGUGGCUCGCGGCUAAAAUAGGAGGUAACAGGGUGUUUGCGAUAGGCAUCGGAGCAACAUCUCUCCUGACAUUGUUCACUCCGCCGCUGGCACACACCAGCACCGGCCUGCUGAUUGCAGUCAGAGUCGUCGAAGGAUUCUUUGAGGGUGUGACAUACCCGUGUAUCCACGCGGUAUGGUCCCGCUGGGCGCCGGGCCCGGAGCGCGCGCGGCUCGCCACGUUCGCGUUCAGCGGCAGCUACGCGGGCACCGUCGUGUCCAUGCCCAUCUGUUCGUUACUGGCGCAUUAUACCGGCUGGCCUGGUAUCUUCUAUGUCUUUGGUCUAUCCGGUUUGAUUUGGACUACGAUAUGGUGGCUGGUGGUGAAAGAGUCUCCCGAGAAAGAUCCUCACAUAUCACCCGCUGAACUCAAGUAUAUUCAGGAUUCACGAGGAACUCAAGCAGUGGAAGGGUCAAAGAUCCGUCACCCGUGGGGCUCCAUGCUCAAGUCUGCGCCAGUGUGGGCCAUAGUCAUGGCACAUUUCAGUGAAAACUGGGGCUUCUACACUUUGCUCACUUUUCUACCUACGUUCAUGCAAGACGUAUUCAAGUUCGAGACAUCACAGACUGGUUGGCUAUCUGCCGUCCCAUACUUGGCGAUGGCGAUAGUACUACAGGUGGCGGGACACAUCGCCGACUGGAUGCUGCGGCGAGGGAUGAUGUCCAGGACCAAUAUUAGGAAGCUGUUCAACUGCGGGGCUUUUCUGUCUCAGACGGUGUUCAUGGUGGCGGCAGCGUAUUCCACGUCAGUGACUGGUUGUGUCGUGUUCCUUACUAUCGCUGUCGGACUCGGAGGAUUCGCCUGGUCUGGAUUCAGCGUGAACCACCUGGACAUCGCGCCGCCGCACGCGAGCGUCCUGAUGGGUCUGUCCAACACGGUGGCCACGCUGCCCGGCAUCAUCUCGCCGCCGCUCGCCGGCGCCAUCGUCACCGACAAGUCAGCAGACCAAUGGCGCAUAGUGUUCUUUAUAUCCAGCGCCAUCUAUCUGAUAGGAGCGAUAGUAUACGGCCUCUUCUGUUCCGCGGAGAUACAGCCGUGGGUCGUGGAGGUUGACACUGACGCUAGUUUCGACACAGAUGGCGCCUCCGUCACUACGUCACGUGGCUACGAUAAUAAGGGCUUAGAUCAAAAUUCUGAAAUGUAAAAUGUAUUCUUUUUAAGUUGUUUUAAUGUUUGUAAAUGUAGGAGAUUUGGUUUUGUGAGAUUAUCGCCCGAAUACUGAAAUGCUACUCAAUUUUAAGUUGUACUUAAAUAUCAUGCUAUCUCUGUCAUUUUAUAAAGAAUUGAUAGGGACAGAACUAGUUUUGAGAGCGUUUUAAAAUUGAGUAGUGUUUGAGUAUUCGGAUAUAAUUAUGUCGUGUAUUUUUAUUGGGCUUUGAUUCAAAUUGUGGGUAACUGAAGUUGAUUAAUCAGACAAUUUGGAGCUCAAAUUUUUAUUUUUGUAUGCUAUAAAUCAUGUUUCUAUGUAUAAAAAUGCUUAAAAAUAUAUUUAUGUAUGUAAACUUAUAAUCUGAUAUGUCUAGUUUUCAUACUAUUAAAUGGACUAUGUAUCGACUUAACGUCGUACUGAGAGUCAUUAAAUUUAAUGGUUACUUAACCCAGUCCUUAGCAAUUGUUUUCGAUACAAAAUCGUUACUAAGGAAUAAUUUAAGUAAUCAUUAAAUGUCUCUGAGUGCAGUAGUAAAAGAAAGUUUUCUUAUCUUAUGUUGACGCAGCUUUUUGCCGACUUUUAUUAUUCCAUGUCAGAUAUUUGUAUUAUACAUAGUAUCAAUAGACAUUAUUUUAAGCUCAUUUUUAGUUUUUAAGAACCAUUUUUGUUUGACUAAGGGAAAUAGGUACUAGAAAAAGAUCUUAAAAGACUUAAACAAAAAUCUUGGUCUUGUAUUAAGUUUUAUUUACAUUUUUCUUACAUAACUAAGCAUAAUUUAGUAUUUUCCGGCUGACUUAAAAAAAACAUUGUAUUCAGUGUGUUAAUUGAAAUUCGACUUUAUUGUAUUACAUUCAGAGUUGAUAAUCGAGUGCCUAUGCGUCCCUGUAAAAUCAUUCCAUUUUUUUUU